CUUCCUUUCAUAUAUAUUAUUAUAUAUUAUUAUUAUAGAUUUUGUUAACGUUGAUGAUUAUAUUACUAUCACUCUCUACUUUAUUCUUUUUCACAAUUGUGCACGCUAUUCCUGGUCGAGUUCUUCAAGGAUGCACGGCCGUUGGCAACAAUGUAUAUUGUUAUGGCGGAUACAUUAGUGCUGCAAAUAGUGUUUUUAUCAAUAUGACCACUGACCAUUUCACUUUUGAUAUGUCUCAAGCUGAUUUGACCUCUUCUACUUAUUCACCUAAUUGGACUCCUGUUCCUUCAACUAAUUCUAAUACGCCUGCUCUCGAACCUAGAGCUUCCAUGUCUUUGGCAUCACUUGACAAUACACGAUAUAUGGUUUUUGGUGGAAGUUAUAAUGCUGCUCUCAACAAUCCAGCUCUCAUCUUUGAUAGUAGUAGCAAUACUUGGUCAACUGUCUCUGAUCCUCCUUUUUAUAUGAAAGAAGGCUUCAUGAUUUCUACAGAUAACAAUACCGUAUGGGCUUAUGGUGGAAAAUUGAAUGGUACUCAAAACUUUGUUCAAAGCGAAAUAUUGAAAGGUGAUUUGUCAAAAAACCCUGCUAUGUGGUCUCUUUUUCCAAAUGGUCUUGGUGUACCAGUCACUAGUAGAUAUGGAUAUGCUGCUAUUUGUCGAAAUGGAGUCAUCAACUUCUUUGGUGGCUUUUUGGAGUUACCUGAAGUAAAUCUGCAACCUAAUAUUAUUCCAAUGCAAAAUAUCACUUUUUACAACACUCAUACCGAUCAAUGGGGAAGUCUCACGGCAUCGGGUGACACUCCUACGCCCCGAAAGGCUCAUACUGCAACUUAUAUUCCUGGUACUGGGAAAGUGUUGAUAUACGGUGGAACAAAUAAGGCCAAUUUACAAGCUUUACCUGUCUCGGACUACGCUUACCUUUAUGAUAUGGAUCAACAUGCAUAUACCAAGUUGGAUUUGUCGGCAGGCAAUGGUGCUGGUUCCCGUAUGGGUCAUUCUGCGGUUCUUUAUAAUCGAAGUAUUUUUAUCAUGUUUGGCUAUGACGGAAGUGGCAAUAUAAAUGAUGAUACGCAUAUCUUGGAUGUCUCCAAUGCUUCAAUGCCUGUUUGGGCUGGUCAAUCUUCUGUAGUAUCCAACAAUGGAACAAAUGAAACGAGUACAAACAGUAAUGGAAGUAUUGGUGCUGGUGGCAUUGCUGGUAUUGUUGUUGGUGUAGUAGCCGCUGCUGGAAUUGCUGGAGCCUUUGCCUUCUUCUGCUAUCGAAAACGAAGAAAUCGAAACAAAAAUGAAUUUGAUUAUUAUGUACCGCCACCUCAAGAUUUCAACAACGAUAUUCCUCCUACCAUGUUUCCCGAAAAUACUGACAAGAACAGCAACAACAACAGCAACAACAACAACAACAACAAUAAUCAUUUGAACACGGAUGGCUAUCAAACUCCCUCAGUGGAAUAUUCUGAACCUGCACCUUCCUAUCCAGCCACCAAACCUCAUGAUCCUCAAACUGAAUUCGUUAGACUUACCAAUUUACCAACGAUCAAACCAUCCGAAAACGUGUAGAAUACAAUUUGAUUUUCUUUUAUUAUUAUUAGUGUAUUUAGAUUAGUUAUCAUAUAUACCUCUUGAAUUUAUAUUAUAUUACUAUUACAUUGUAAAUCAAUAAAAGAUAUUAUAAUUUGUAUGAUAGCACGUACAUCUCUUUGUUGAUUUAUAUAUUGUGGAUAUGAG